UUUCAGGUUGACCUGCAAAGAACGUUCACAUUCCGCAACUCCAAACAGACAUACAAUGGCAUCCCCAUCAUCGCUGCCAACAUGGACACCACGGGUACCUUCGAGAUGGCCCAGGUCCUCAGCAAGCACACUCUUUUCACAGCGAUUCACAAACACUACUCUGUCGACGAGUGGAAAAGCUUUGCCGCCAGUCACCCCGAAUGCCUGGAGAAUAUCGCAGCUAGCUCGGGCAGCGGCAAGGCUGAUCUGGAGAAGCUGUGUGCCAUCCUGGAGGCUGUGCCCAACAUCAAGUACAUUUGUCUGGACGUGGCCAACGGCUACUCAGAGUACUUUGUGGAGUUUGUCAAAACUGUCAGAGAGAAGUUCCCCAAACACACCAUCAUGGCUGGCAACGUGGUGACGGGAGAGAUGGUGGAGGAGCUCAUCCUCUCUGGGGCUGACAUCAUCAAAGUGGGCAUCGGGCCAGGGUCUGUGUGUACUACUCGCAUCAAGACUGGCGUGGGCUACCCUCAGCUCAGCGCUGUCAUCGAGUGCGCUGACUCAGCCCACGGACUCAAAGGUCACAUCAUAUCAGAUGGUGGGUGCAGUUGCCCGGGUGAUGUGGCCAAAGCUUUUGGGGCCGGGGCCGACUUUGUGAUGAUGGGCGGCAUGCUGGCAGGACAUGACCAGUGCACCGGCGAGGUCAUCGAGAAAGACGGCAAGAAGGUCAAACUGUUCUACGGCAUGAGCUCCGACACAGCUAUGAAGAAAUACGUCGGAGGCGUGGCUGAGUACAGGGCGUCGGAGGGCAGGACCGUGGAGGUGCCUUACCGGGGGGACGUGGAGGACACGAUCAGAGACGUGCUGGGGGGCCUGCGCUCCACCUGCACGUACGUGGGGGCGGCCAAGCUGAAGGAGCUGAGUCGCCGGACAACCUUCAUCAGGGUCACCCAGCAGUCCAGCCACAUGUUCACCUAGCGGAGGGGCGGGGGGCCCAGCCAUAGAUACAGGUGGACAUGCCCAGGCACCCCACCACACACACACUUACACCCUCGUCACACUUGCUUUUCUCAGGACAGCUUUUCUGCUCUGGGAAGGCUGCUAGAGAUAUGAGUAGGAGAUGAGCUCAUCUCCGCGUCAAUAUUCGGAGUUGUGUCAUCAGAGAAUGGCUCGAUACAUCCAGCGUGCUUUGCUGAGCUUCGAUAUGCAAAAAAUCCAUCGUCAUCAGAUUCAACAGAUUUGACUGUAGGCUGUAGGAUGAAGUUCAAUCAGGGCGUUGAUCUCGAAUUAGGGGGUAUCCUUUCUUUACAUGUUUGGGUCAGAGUAUGGACAGGUGAGCAGAUCAAGUCCGCUGAGCAAACUCUAUUCGGAGCCCUGUUUACUGUAAAUAUCAGUGAGCAUCUGGAAUCCUCUUCCACGGAAUGGGACUGGGAAAAUAUCUAUUGCUUUUUAAUUUAAGCAUGCUGGCAAGAGGCCCUGAGAGUGCCCAUCUAUGGCUAGUUGUGAUGCUAACAAGCUUAAGGAAUGUACCAUCCAAAGUACUGUAUGAUCAUUGAACAAUGGAGGCCGACUGGACUUAGAAUGUCCAUCUAAUGAAAUGUUCUGUGGUGUUCGACCGUUUUGUUUUCUGCUUUUCAGCUUUUUGAAAAGAACAAACCGUUGUCCCUUUCUGUCUGUCUCUCUCUCUGUGGCCCACCUCACAUGCGUCACAUACCACAGUAGCUACUCUAUCCCUCUUCUAUACAAGAGGGAUAGAAUAUACACCUCAGUAGCUAUAUUUACUUGAAAAGAAACUCUGUACAGAAAAGACCUUUAGGGAUAAAACAGAACACAAAUCAAGCAUACUAAAAAAAGUACUGUUAAAACAGGACUUGUAGUAUCAAAAUGAAUACUGUCAAAUGUGAAGCUGUUUUAAAAAUAUGACAAUGGUUACAGCAUCACCUAAUAAAAACAAUGGUGGAGAA